AUGCCGAGAGCCCACCCCUGUGCUGGGAUAGAGCAACACAGGGCUGUCUUUCCCACUCCAGAGCCUGUGAGAAGUUUGUUCUAUAUCAAGACGCUGGGUUCUGCCAUGUCGGAAGCUGGACCCCUGAUGCAGCGGUUCCUCCAGGGGCAGCCCAGAGUCUUAGGGGCCCUCUUGCUGUUGGUGGGGCUGCUGCAGGUGGCCUUUGGUGUCCUCUUGGCCAUUUCCCCCUGCGUCUAUAGGGAUGAGCUGCACGUCCACUUUUACUCAGCAGUGCUGUUGCUCUUGGCUGGAAUCAUCACUCUGGCUGCAGACACAACACACAGCCUGGCCCUGGUGAAAGCCUGCCUGGUCAUUUACAUCAUCUGCACGGUGGUGGUGGGCGUGAUCAACUUAUUCUACCUUGUGGACUUGGUGUACGAUCCCCGUAACCGGUACAUCCGGUGUCCUUCCAGCAACAGGUUGCACUGCAGGCGGCUGUACCAGAUCUCGCACUAUUGCACGGGCAUGCGGGCCAUCAUCCUGAUCUUAACCUCACUGGGGUUCUUCGUUUCCAUUGCCCUGGCAGCCUUCGGAUGCAAAGCGGUGUGUCGCCAGAACUCUGCUGAUGAUGUGCCGGUCGCCGCCCUGACAAAUCCGCCCGCUUCCCACGAGUCCGCCGCGGAGCCCGAGCCUGUGGUGUCAGAGGGACCUGCGGCGUGAGUGUCCCCUGGUGGAGAGACCGACAGCCCCCCUCAGCAAGCAGCUACCCCAUGUCCCUCAGCGAGAGGUGUUUCUGUUUCACUCUCUGCCUUCCCUCCAUCAUCCCCCCUCAUGGAAAAGCCCCUGCUAACUGCCCUUGUGUG